AUGGCCACGCUCGACUAUCUCAAGAAAGCCUUAGUGCGAAGCGCCAACAUCAAACCUUCCGUCACCUCUUCCAGGGAGCCCUUGACCGACGAACAAUAUGCGGCAGGCUUCGAAACCUUCGUCCAAGGACCCAGUUGGGCGAUCUACCGCGACUUCAUCAUCCCAGAACUAUCCUACCUCCUAGCUCCUGCACACCAAUCAGAUAAGUUGAUCUCGGUUCUGGAGAUCGGCCCGGGCCCCAAGAGCAUUCUCGGGCAUCUACAUAGAAGCCUGCGAAAGAGGAUUGGGAAGUACACCGCUUUUGAACCCAAUGCCUUGUAUGCUCUGAAGCUGGGAAAGUGGUUGCAGGAUCAUGAUAAGACGGAUACAACCUCAAAAGCUCCGUUUCCUUGCUUGGAGAGUAAUCCUGUCAUCUACCGUACUCGUUUCGAUCCGGAUUGUGACACGCCGAGUGGUGCCGAUAUCGAGAAGUACGACAUCGUUCUCUUUUGUCACAGCAUGUACGGUAUGAAGCCGCAAGACAGUUUCAUCAAGCACGCGUUGAACAUGCUCCUCGAUGAUGGAAUCGUCGCAGUUUUCCGUCGUGAGGGUAUUUUCCACAUCGACGGCUUGGCCUGCCAUCAUUCGGCUUCCUAUCCCACCGGUUUCGUCGGCGUAGCAGAUAACGAUGACGCACUGGAUGUGUUCGCAUCUUUCGUCGCUGGGUUCACCAUGCAAGACACCGACGAAGAAAACGCUGUUCUAGCAAACUGGCAAAAGCUAUGUCGUGAUCUUGCCCGCCGUGAUGACGACCAUCCCGCAACCCUUCUGUUCUCCGCACCUGAAGUCAUGUUGGUUUUCAAUCACCACGCAGACAAAGUGGAGGAACUGGAGAUGCGCGUGGGCCCGAUACUAGAAGAGAACCCGGUGAAGAACCAACAAGCUCGUCUACAACGCCCCGCCGCUAUCGUCAGGCCAGAUAAUAUUGAGAAGGUGCAAGAUUGCGUCCGGUGGGCACUCAGACACGGCCUUGGCUUGACUGUUGUCGGUGGAGGGCACAGCGCACAUUGCCACAGAUCCAAUGUUGUGGCGAUUGACAUGAGUGCCUUCGACUCCGUACAUAUACUGAAAGAGGUUGAGGAUAAAGACGACCAAGACAUUGCCUCCAAUUCACUUGUAGUCGCUGGGGUUGGAUGCAAGACAGUCAAUAUCAUCAGUAGGACUCUCGAGAAGGGCCUCACUGUACCUCUAGGAUCUCGUCCAAGUGUUGGAGCCGGACUCUGGCUACAGGGUGGUAUAGGCCAUCUUACAAGGAUGUACGGCCUCACUUGUGAUAGCAUCGUCGGCGCCAUACUCAUCAGUGUGGCUUCCGGAGAGAUCUUUCAUGUCGGUCGGGUGCCAAGCAAGCAUGUUCCGAAAGAGGCCUGUCGUCCAGAUAACGAGACUGAUAUCCUCUGGGCACUGAAAGGUGUAGGAACGAACUUUGGUAUCGUACUCAGCGUAACACUCCACGCCUAUUUCGCCCACAAGUUUGUUACGCAAAACUGGGUAGUUCCUCUGAGCGACAAUGUCGAAGCCAAAUGCAGACUUCGCGAGUUUGAUGAGAAAGUCGCAAAAGGAUGCAGCGAGUUCUGUUCCGCCGACGCAUACCUGUACUGCGAGAAUGGAGGACUCAAGCUUGGGAUCACGACGUUCGCCCCUGCCGAUGCAUCUUACCCAUCACCUAUGACUAUCAUGUCCAAGCGCGAAGGCGACAUAUGGGGAACCAACAGCGACACCAAGAUCAUGGAUGGCGUAGAAGCGUUCGAUGCCGAGAUGUACAUGUCUAAGAUGCAUGGGGGACAUGGCGACGGCAAGACGUCAUCUUUCAAGCGUUGCGUAUUCUUCAAGGACAUUGGAAUGUCGAAAAUCGCUCAACGCCUAGUCUCAGCGGUCGAGUCUCGUCCGUCGCCGUUCUGUUACCUCCAUCUGCUGCAUGGUGGUGGGAAGGCUGGCGAGGUCGCACCCGAUGCGACUGCGUUCGGGUGUCGAGACUGGGAUUUCGCUUGCGUCAUCACCGGGGUGUGGCCUCGGGAUGAGGAUGGCAGUCGCGUUGCGCAUGCUUCGGUGCAAUGGGUGUACGACGUAGUCGACAGCUUGCUGCCGUUAAGCAGGGGCACGUACGGAGCGGACCUUGGACCUGACCCCCGAGAUGCAGUGCUGGCGGAGAAGGCGUUCGGGCCGAAUACCGUGCGCCUCGGUCGUCUCAAACGCCUGAUGGAUCCACGGAACGUGUUGGCGUGGGCCUGUCCGUUGCCGAAGCCCCCGUUGCCCAAACUCAUCAUUCUUGUUACCGGCGAACACGGCGCCGGCAAGGACUACUGUGCCGGCGAAUGGGUCGCCGUGUUCUCUGAACUUAACGGCAACGCUUCUUCUUCAACGCAUGGUCUUCGCGCGCAAGCUAUACGCAUCAGCGACGUCACGAAACGCGAGUUCGCCGACGCGACUGGUAACGACUUCCGCCGCCUUCUAGACGAUCGGGCAUAUAAGGAGCAACACCGUUCAGCGCUGACAGCCUUCUACGAGAAACAAAUCCAGGAACGACCCCGACUACCGGAAGAACACUUUCUUGAAGUUGUCCACAAUGCGGCAGGCGCGGAUGUCGAUGUUUUGUUCAUCACGGGGAUGAGGGAUGAGGCACCUGUCGCAUCAUUCUCCCAUCUAGUGGCGGCGAGCAGAGUGAUCGAAGUCCAUGUUGAUACCAGCGAAGCCUCACGGGUUGCUCGUGGGGUACGCACCGAGAAGACGACUGACUCUGCAGCUCCGCGACAUCGUCCAAAUCCGACCUUCGUCAACGACACACCAGGAAACGGCGCGGUACGAGAGUUUGCCGAGGCCUCCAUACUUCCCUUCUUGCAUAAUGACCUACAACCACUGGCCGAUAUGGUACGCUCAAUCCCAAACUUCCCCAAGCCGGGCAUCCGGUUCCGACAUGUACUCGGAAUCUCGCAGCAGCCAGGUGGCCUUGCUCUUUGCGCAUCACUACUACAAAGUCACUUCACUGGAUGCUGGGCCAACGUCGAUGCCAUUGUCUGUUGCGAGGUGGGCGGUCUCGUCUUUGCACCGGCAUUAGCAUCGCUGGUAGGCGUGCCUCUCGUGCCCAUUCGCGAGGCUGGCAAGCUUCCGCCACCUACCAUCUCGGCCACGAAAAACGCAUCGUAUAUCUCUUCCCAAGCUCCUAACCAAGCAAAGAUUGGAAAGCGCAUCGAGAUAGAGCGAAACGCGAUUAUCGGCUCUGACUCGGUCGUAGUCGUGGACGAUGUAUUGUCGACGGGCGAGACUCUUUGCGCGGUGCUACAUCUACUGAAAAAGGCUGGUGUGAAGAGUAUCGCAGUCAUGGUAGUUGCGGAGUUUCCACUCCAUCGUGGGCGUAAACUAUUGUACGAUCGUGGACACGGUAUGGUGGAUGUGCAGAGUUUGCUUGUCUCGGGAGGUGACUAG